AUGGCUUCCAACCUCGCCAGUCUGCCCGAGGUUGAGCGCCUCAGCCCUGCGGUCGUCCGAAUACUGGGUGGUAACCCAGGCAAAUUCACACUACAGGGCACAAACACCUAUCUCGUCGGCAGCGGUCCUCAGAGGAUCCUUAUCGACACUGCUGAGGGUCGGCCGUCGUGGAUUGCCGCUCUCCGACGCCUACUCGAGCAGGAAAAAGCCCAUAUCCAGCAGGCAUUGAUCACACAUUGGCAUCACGAUCACGUAGGCGGCAUUCAGGACUUGCUGGGGCUGAAUCCAUCCACAACCAUCCACAAAUUCGAUCCUCAGGGGGGCCAGCAUCCGAUAGCGGAUGGACAAGAGUUUGAGGUCCAAGGUGCUACGCUGACUGCGGUCCACUCGCCUGGCCACACGACGGACCACGUUGCUUUCGUGCUGCGCGAGGAGGACGCAUUGUUCACCGGUGACAAUGUGCUCGGCCAUGGGACAGCUGUCUUCGAAGACCUCGGGACAUAUCUGCAGAGCCUCGCCAAGAUGAAGCCUCUUGUCCAAGGCAGGGCAUACCCUGGCCACGGCGCUAUUCUGCACUCAGCACCGGCCAAAAUUGAAGAGUACAUAUCACAUCGCAAACAAAGAGAAGAUCAAGUGCUGGAGCUGCUGGCCUCUGGAGACGGCGACAGUAUGCACGCCAAGGGAGGUGCCUGGGCCGUUAUGGACCUUGUUAAGAUCAUCUACCGCGAUGUACCCGAAUCGCUGCAUAUCCCCGCAGCUGGCGGGGUUAGCCAGAUAUUGCGCAAACUAGAGGCCGAGGACAGGGUCGUACUCGAGAGUGAGGAAAGGUGGAGGCUUCGUGAUCGGUCAAGUCUGUGA